GGGUUCGGAUAUCGGACGAUUCCUCAGCAAAGUUUCGCCCCGUCGGCCUCCAAAACCCUAGCGAGAGCGAUGGACAAGAGCAUGCUCGGAGAUCUCGACUCUCUCCCGGAGGAGGACAAGAUCAGGAUGUCCGCCAUGAUAGACCAGCUCCAGAUCCGGGACAGCUUAAGAAUGUAUAAUACCCUGGUGGAGAGGUGCUUCUCUGAUUGCGUGGACACCUUCCGGCGCAAAUCUCUUGAUAAGCAAGAAGAAACAUGUGUUCGCCGGUGUGCCGAGAAAUUUCUAAAGCACUCAAUGAGGGUUGGCAUGAGAUUUGCUGAGCUGAAUCAGGGCGCUCCCACUCCUGACUAAACAGUAGCUCAGCUGAUCAGAAGCCCACUUCAGUCACUCUAUUCUUAGCUGACGAUGGAACCAUUGCUAAGUGCAUGACAAACGAUUUUGACGUACUUGAUAUUUGUUUUACUUCUGUGGCAGCUUUGUAGCAUUAGCCUUCCACCUUCUUAUCGUCAUCACUGAAUAAAUCUUACAUCCGCUACCGUGCCAAUGUUUUUCAUGCUGUUGUCAGAUGCUUAGAAACGGUGAUUGCUCAAUGGUAGCCUGCGAGUAAUACAGACCAUUUCCUCUGUUAUUGGUGAACACUCCUGAGAACGCUUAAGAUCUAAAAGGUUGGUGGUCUUAUGUUUAAUCUUUAUAAUCCAAAUAUUUGUAUGAUUCUCAA